AAGAAGUCUGGACUCUCUGAUAAACUCUGUUGGUGUAGGAUGGAUGUUAUUGUCGCAGCUGAAGAACUGGUUCAGUGUCCUGCUCUCCUCUCAUCUGCCUCUACAUCAGGACUCCAGGAGCUUGCUGUGAUGGAUCAACCAGAAUCCUUAGAAACCAUGGAGUUAAUGAGAGAGAUCACAGAGGCAAUGAAUAAGAGUCCUGCUGAAGGAGCUGCAAAAAUCCAGGAGUGUUUAGAGAAAGAGAAGAACACUCCACUGAAUAUUGCCAUCACAGGAGAGUCUGGCUCUGGUAAAUCCACCUUUGUUAAUGCUUUAAGAGGCGUAGACAACAGGGAUGAGAGAGCUGCUCCUACUGGUUGUAAUGAAACCACCAUGGAGGUCACACCGUACCCCCAUCCAAUCUUUCCCAAUGUAACAUUCUGUGAUCUUCCUGGUAUCGGCACUAUGAAUUAUCCAACUGCAGAGUACCUGAAGAAGGUUGGAUUCGAGAAGUUUGACUUCUUCAUCAUCGUCUCAGCUGAUCGCUUCAGAGAAAAUGACGUAAAGCUGGCGAAGGAGAUCCAGAAGAUGGAGAAGAAGUUCUACUUUGUUCGCUCGAAGAUUGACGACAACUUACGUGCUGAGGAGAGGAGUACACGGGACUUCAAUGCAGGAAGAACCCUUGGAGGAAUCAGGGAAAAUUGCAUUCAAGGUCUUCAGGAUCAAGGUUUUGAGUCUCCUCAGGUCUUCCUGGUGUCCAGCUUUGAUCUCAAGCUCUAUGAUUUCAAGCAGUUACAGGAGACCCUGCAGAGAGAACUUCCUGAACACAAGAAGGACGUCUUCCUGUUAGCCAUGCCAAAUAUCAGCCAGGGGAUCAUCGAGAAGAAGAAAAAGGUUUUGCAAAGUAAAUUAAAGUAUUAUGGCCUCAUAUCUGCAGGCAUAGCAUCUGCACCAGUUCCUGGGCUCUCUAUUGUGGCCGACCUAUCCAUGCUUGUCAAUGCAGCUGUUAUGUUCCAAGCUACCCUUUGCCUCGAUAGUGAGUCACUGCAAAAUCUUGCUCUUAGCACGGGUGUGCCUUUAGGUGAUCUCAGAGCAGUGAUGACAUCACCACUGGCUGCAACACAAAUAAACAAAGAGCUCAUCAUAAAGGUACUCUCCAUGUCUGCUGCUGAAUUAGCUUUAAUGGCAGCCGAAGAGGGGUCCAGAUUCAUUCCAUUAUUGGGAAUCCCUGUAGCGAUGACCCUCUCUUUUACCUCCACCUACAGUGCUCUCCACACUUUCCUCAACAUGCUCGCUGAUGAUGCACAGAGGGUGUUCAAAAAGGCCCUAGGUUUGAACACAGCAGUGUGACAGGGUUAGAAACAGAGCAGAACUUAAGUCUGACAAAGAGCUCGACACAAAUGAGCUCCUGAAUUAAUUUAGUGGGUGCGUUGCAAUUUUACAGUCGUAGAAAGGCUGUGAAUGAAUGAUAUGUCAGACACAUUGGGCAGACUGGGUAAUGUGAUGUUUGACUCGUCAACAUUGAGCGCACCAAUGAGAUUAUUGCAUUCUUCAAAUAUAAGUGUCACUUGUAAAAGAAUGAGUGAAUAUUUCUCACGCCUAAAUCAUGGAUGUUCUUUACUCUUCAGUUUAAAAUGGAUUGGAUCGACAUAAUGAAAACAUGAAAUCCUAAAAGUCAGGUUAAAAACAGUUCACUUGAACUUAGAUCGAUUUGAAACUUGUGCAACUAUCUUCUUUUCACUCGCUUGUUUUCUUGUUCUGACUUCUUUAAGUUGUGGAAAAUGUGCCGACUGUCAUAAGUCACUUUUGUUUUUGUGUUGUAUUUUCUUUGUUGUUUUCUUUCUUUGAUUUCUAGUGUAUUUAGUAAGUUCCUUUAGUCCUCCUUGUGUCUUUUGGUACCUUCUCUUGUGUCGUUAUUCCAUGUGUGUUUCUAGUCUGUCGUGUUUCCUGUUUUAUUUUGUAGUUCUUAAACCCUGUGUGUCUGGUUUAGUUUCACUUCCUGUCGUUGUGUGUUUUCCUCAAUUAGAUCACACUCAUUUGUUUCACCUGUGUCCGCACCUGUUGCUUGUUACCCUGUGUAUUUAGUUUCUCUGAGUCCCCUCUCCUGUGUUAGUUCAUUGUGUGUCAUACCCGUCCCCGUGUUGUCUCCUUGUUGCGCUCUUUGUGUUUUUUGGUUGAAGAAAGAAGUUUUUGUUUCUCUCUUUUAGUUUAUUAAAUCAUUUUCUUAUGAAUCUGCAUUUUGAGACUUGCACCUUCUGUUUGCCUUCCUCUGAAAAGUGACAUUUUCCUCUGUAUAUG